AUAAUGAGCUUGCAUUUGCGCGUUAUUACCUCAAAAUGAUAAUGCACUUGAUAAUGCUACUUCCUGAAUAACGCAUUUCCUAAUUACGUGCUGCUGUCGACAUACAUCUGGAGUUGUCGCGUCAUUCGUUUCUGUAACAUGCAUGGAAUUUCAACAUACUAACCAAUAGAUAUAGUGCUUCUGAUAAGAGAAAUUCCUAAAUUCUUUGUUCUCACGCAUUCCUGGACAGUCAUAGUGAUUAUUUAAAAUACGCUACCUGAUUUGAGGCAUUGUUCUCGUUCAAUACAGCCAAGAUGAUUUUCCACAUCACGUUUGUGGUCUUAUUAUUCUUCUCUGCUACAUUUGCCGUGAAACAUUAUCAACCAGAAGCAGUACAUCUUUCAUAUGGCGAUAAUAUUCACGAUAUUGUUGUUACCUGGAGCACAAAAGAUAAUACAGAAGAGUCGAUAGUAGAAUAUGGUAUAGGUGGACUUGUUUUAAGAGCCGAAGGAAAUUCUACUCUUUUCGUAGAUGGUGGGCAGAAGAAACAUAAACAAUAUAUUCACAGAGUGUGGCUAAAAGAUUUGACGCCUAACAGCAAAUAUAUGUAUCAUUGUGGUAGCCGUUAUGGAUGGUCAAAUGUAUUUUAUGUUAAGACUACACCUGAGGAAUCGACAGAUUGGUCACCACAAAUAGUUCUCUUUGGUGAUAUGGGUAAUGAGAAUGCACAGAGUUUGGCACGGUUACAAGAAGAGACAGAACGUGGUCUAUAUGACGUUGCUAUUCAUGUUGGUGAUUUUGCCUAUGAUAUGCAUUCCGAGAAUGCACGUGUGGGAGAUGAAUUCAUGCGGCAAAUUGAAUCUGUUGCUGCUUAUUUACCAUACAUGACUGUACCUGGUAAUCAUGAAGAAAGAUAUAAUUUCAGUAAUUAUAGAGCUCGGUUCACUAUGCCAGGUGAUUCGGAAGGCUUAUGGUAUAGCUUUAAUAUAGGUCCUGUACAUUUUGUAGCUAUAGAAACUGAAGCUUAUUAUUUCAUGAAUUAUGGUAUAAAACAAAUGAUUAAGCAAUUUGAAUGGUUGGAUAAGGAUUUACAGGAAGCGAAUAAACCUGAAACAAGGGCGCAACGUCCAUGGAUAGUGACAUUUGGACACAGGCCAAUGUAUUGCAGCAAUGCAAACGCAGAUGAUUGUACUAAUCACCAAAGUUUAGUUAGAGUUGGAUUACCAUUUUUAAAUUGGUUCGGACUGGAGGAUCUGUUCUUCAAGCAUAAAGUGGACUUAGAAAUUUGGGCACAUGAACAUAGUUAUGAAAGAAUGUGGCCCAUGUAUAACUUCCAAGUGUACAAUGGUAGCUAUGAAGAACCAUAUACAAAUUAUAAGGCACCUGUGCACAUAGUUACGGGAUCAGCUGGUUGCAAGGAAGGACGGGAGAAAUUUGUUCCAAAUCGACCGGAGUGGUCUGCGUAUCGUAGUUCAGAUUAUGGGUACACGAGGAUGAAGGCAUUCAACAAAACUCAUCUGUAUCUGGAACAGGUAUCGGAUGAUAAAGAAGGCGCUGUUUUAGACAGAGUUUGGCUCGUGAAAGAGAACCCUUUACCACAAUAUGUAAAAGUUUUACCUGCGGAAUAAUGUGACAUGAAUUUAAUUUCAAUUAGCCUCCUGAAAUGAAAUAGGGAGAGAGGCCAAAGAAGUUUUUCACAUGAUGCUGUUAGUGAAUAAGGUUUUUCUUUCACUCUUUUUGAUUGUGUAUUAUAUGUAUACGAUUAUAAUUCGAAUUUAGUAUACAUGUUACGUCAUUGGAUAUAUCAUGGUCGAAAUGUCUACAAGAAGAAUAAAAUAUUAGCAUGUU